AUGAUCUCAAGUUUGGCUAAGCUUGUCGCGUGGCAGGAUGCUCAGAGGUUGACCCCGCAUGAGCGAGCUAAUACAGGUAUGGAGCCUGGAAUUGAUAUUAUUGCGCCGGUAUACUCCGCUGACACGCGUCUUGAUAUAGCAACGGAAGAAAACCGGGGCGUAUACAAGCUUAAAAGUCGGCUUUCUGAUGUGGAACUGGUCCCCUUCUAUACGGGACGGUGCGAUGAAAAUGCCCAGAUACAGCAGCUUUUUCAGCAGGGUCGGUCAAGGAUAACGGUUGUUCUGAGUGGGUUAGGGGGCAUCGGAAAGACACAAAUUGCGCUGAAAUACGCAGCGGUUCACGAAAGCGAGUAUGAUGCUAUUUACUGGGUGAAUUACCGAAGCAUAGACACUGUUAAGCAGAGUCUUUUUGCAGUUGCAGAGCGAAUUCACCACCAGAACCCUUUCUUGCCGGGCUGGAAAGAGGUUUUAGAAUUGCAAGAUAUCAAAAAGACAUCAUUAGCCGUGAUUGACUGGCUAAGCCAGACUCACAAUGACAGAUGGCUCGUCAUUUGCGAUGGUUAUGGCCAGGGUCCGAUAGAUGAUUCCAGUCUUGAGAACUGGAAUCUGCACGAAAUGAUUCGAACUAAUCAUGGACACAUACUCAUCACAUCUAGAUGGCCACAAUCAGACGGGUUUCAUCAUAUUUCGGUCGAGAAGUUUACGGACAUGAGCCUUGGCGUGGAUUUACUUCUGGAGUGUUCCAAAAAACCAACCCUGCGGGAUGAUCCGGAUAUAAAACGACUGGCUCAAACAUUAGAUGGCCUUCCUCUUGCUUUAGUGGCAGCGGGUACAUAUCUACGCCACUAUCCAUACAGCUGUGCAGAAUAUCUGGAUGCAUACAGCCAGUCGUGGCUCCGGCUGCUGAAGAAGACACCAACAUCUAAACAAUAUGAUCUUACUCUCUAUUCAACUUGGGAUCUUACUUUAGAUCGAAUUAGCAAAGUCAAUAGACUUGCUGCUAUACUCUUACAUUUCUGUGCUUAUUUUGACAAUAAUGAUCUCUGGUUUGAGCUCUUCCAGAUGAAGAAUGAGCUAGAGAAGCCGGAAUGGCUCCAAACGCUCACAGCAGAUAAGCUUGAAUUUGGUGACGCUGUGCGAAUUCUCCAUGAGCACGCCAUGAUCGAGCUCCAUGGUGGAGUGACAGAUAAUAGGAGUGGUUCAAUUGGCUUCAGGAUACAUAACUGUGUGCAUUCCUGGACCAUCCAUGUCCUCAAUAAAAAUUGGGACUAUGGGAUCUCUUCGCUGGCUUUGGGCUGUAUUGCCAGCACAGUUCCACACGACGGCACUUCAUACUGGCAUAUAUCGCAGAGGCUGCUAGCUCAUGCGAACCGCGUUAUCGAUCUCUUUCAUCAAGAGAAGCUCACCAAGGGCUAUACAGUAGGCCAGGUUGGGCAAAUACAGACGAUCAUUAACUUCUUCCUUACGCUAGGCAGACCAGAAACGGUCAGGGAGAUGUGUAUAAGCCUAUAUGAGCAGCUGGAAGAGUCCAUUGGUGAUAUAAAUACAUACCGUCAUCCAACAACACUUAUGCUCGCGUGGGACAUGAUUCAGACUCUUUCAAGACUCGGAAAUUAUGACCAGGCGGAAAUCUGGUGCAAUCGUGCCCUGAGCCGGUUAAGCGACAUUCCCAAUGGAAGGCGAUUGAAACGGCUUUUUAUUUAUUUGAUGGCACGGAAUAAUAUGUCUAGAGGACAGACGGAAAAGGGCACGCAGCUAUUGAUCGCAGGCUUAGAUGAGUGCCAAGAUGAGGGCAUUUCCGCUUUUCCAUCGGAAGAGUAUCUGAUGCCUGCAAUAUGGGUGCCAUAUCUCUUCAAGGAAAUGCCGACGGACUUGCAAACAUGGCUUGGAAACUACAUGAAUCAGCAAGGGACGGUCACGAUGGACAAUCGUCAACCAUCCUUCAAAUACCUUUGCACUCAGAUCUAUCUUUUUCUUUCCCGGCAUGAUAAUGGCACGGCCAAGGCUCUGCUCGCCGAAGCUCGGGAAAUAUUUGACCGAGUAGACUCUGCCGACUAUGCGAAAGCCUGCAUGUUCCCUACCCUUAUGGCUCUAUAUAUCAAACUGGAAGAUCAGAGGGAAAUACAGAGUUUGUGUGAGGCAGCAUUCACUGGGGACUGGGAGACACUGUGGCAGAGUGAUUCCGAACACUCCUUCCUUAUGGCUUUCACGAGGAUCUACGCACAUGUGACAUGCUGCCAGUUUGAUAAAGCUGUAAUUGCGUGUCAGAAGACUCUGGACAAGCUAAAAGAGUCUCAAGUGCCAUGUCCAGUACAUAGAUUUGACGUGCUGUUUAUGCUGGGAUCAGUCUUCAUAGCCCAGGGAAGGAUUUUUGAUGCAGAGGAACACCUGACUGCAGCAAUUGACUUGACUGCAGCAAUUAUAGGACAAGCAGAGAACACGUCAUACCGCUUCAAACGUCUUACCGACAUGAUGGACUAUGUCAGAGAAUGUUAUGAACAGAAGGGCGAUCAAGCAGGUGCUCAAAGGUGUCUGAAAUUGGUACAAGGAUGUCGCUCCGAGCGACUAGGGACAGAUACUUAG